AUGGCAUUAGCUCCACCAGGAAUCGCUUCGCUAUCGCAAUUGGCAGCAAACAAUUCUCACAUCAUAAUCCCAUGGACCAAGACGGCUGUGCAACUAGGUGGUGGGUUCAAAUCGUGGAACGUUAAAGAUGGUGAUCCAUUUGCGGUUCCAGCAGCGUUUGACUCAAAGUCACUCCAGAGAACUGUGAUACAAUACACGGAUGACGACGGGUUCCGAGGAAGUUCCCACAGGACUUCCUCAACCUCUUCAAUGGAAAAGGCCGAGCAUCUCAGCGUAUCCGCCGGCAUCAGCGUAGAUUGCGGCUUCCUGGGAGCUUCAGCAACUUGCAACUAUGAUAAGGCCGUGCUAGAGGACCAAAAUACUACAAAGCAUUCGAUCAGGGAAUCGGUGCGUUCAGGUACUAUUUACAUGGCAUCCACUCCAGACCUAGGCCCCGAAGCACAAAGGAUUCUCAGAUGCCCGGCAGAGUUGAAAGACAUAGCCAUUGAGAGAUUCAAACGGCGAUUUGGCGACUAUUACGUCGCGGGUCUGCGCCUGGGAGGCGACAGCAGCGUUUUCGUCUCGGUCGACGAGGCAUCAAAGUCGUCGGCCGAGACCUUCAAAGUCAAGGUCAACAUACGAGUUCUGUUCUGGAGCACAUCAAUUGAACAUUCGCAUGAAGAGAGGGCCGCGUCGCAGAGCUUGUCAUUCCAAUUUGCCGCCUUUGACAGUUUGACGCAGACUCACGAGACUCUCAGCAAUGGCGAACCCUUUGAACAAGUAAGAGAACUCGUGAAGGUAUAUACUGAUCUUGGUGGGUCGCUCAACCAGCGCAUUGCAGAUCUCCGGGACAAGCUUGGGCUUGAAAAGGACAAAAUAUUGAACCCUUCGGACAUUGCAUCUAUUUGCCAAUCGGGACUGGUAGUAGAGGUCAUUUUGCAGCCGUUUAUCUUUCAGCGCGACUUUGUAGCUCAUUCAAAGCGGCGGGAUCCUAUCUUCUAG